UUCAAUACCAUACUCAUUUACAAAGGCCUCUUUCUCCCUGUCUCUCUAUCACUCCUCUCAUAUUCAACACCCUCUCUGCUUCUUGACUUCGUCUUCUGAGGAGAGGUACUUGACUCGAAAUACAGAAGAAAGAAGAGCUCUUUGAAUUUCUCUCAUAUUGAUAUUUAUUUGACAUCCAGAAAUGCAGACAGUCAGGUCCCUGGUUUUCCCCCGUUGGUCCUCAGAUGUCCGUCUGGACGGGAAGACGGCCAUCGUGACGGGCGCUAACACGGGCAUCGGAAAGGAGACCGCCAGAGACCUGGCCAGGCGAGGUGCAAGGGUGAUCCUUGCCUGCAGGGACAUGGCCAAGGGGGAGCUGGUGGUCCAGGAGAUUUUAAGCGAGGUGCCACUCGCCAAGGUGGUCGCCCGGCAACUGGACCUCUCCGACACCAACUCCAUCUGCCAGUUUGCAGAGAACAUUUACAACACUGAAAAGGCUCUUCACUUCCUCAUCAACAAUGCGGGCGUGGCCAUGUGUCCGUACUCCACCACCGCGGACGGAUACGAGAUGCAGUUUGGAGUCAAUCAUCUGGGUCACUUCUUCCUGACCUUCCUGCUCCUGGACCUGCUGAAGCACUCGGCCCCGUCCCGCGUCAUCAACCUGUCGUCGGCCGCCCACGCCAUGGGCCGCAUCAACUUUGAGGACCUGGCCAGCCUGAAGGACUACCACUCCGUCAAGGCCUACGCCCAGAGCAAGCUGGCCAACGUGCUCUUCACCAGGGAGAUGGCCAAGAGGACCGAGGUGAUGGGUGUGACCGUCUACGCGGUAGACCCUGGCAUGGUGAGCACAGAUGUGUUCCGCCACUUCGGGCGCCCCCUGCAGGAGAUGGUGAGACGGUUCAACUGUUUAUUAAAGAGCGCGGCCGAUGGGGCGUCGACCACCAUGUACUGCGUGGUGACCGCGGAGCAAGACCUGGCAACCGGAGGAUACUAUAGUAAUUGUAAACGGGCGGAAUGUUCCAGAGCAGGCCAGGACGAUGGAACCGCUCUCAAACUCUGGGCUAUGAGCUGCCAUCUGCUUGGCAUUCGUUGGAGAUGAACACACAAUGGCACAGAGACAUACACACAUAAAGAUAAUUAAAAACAUGUUCAAUUCUAACGAUAUGUGACUAAUAUGUAUUUAGGAGUAGGCCAUGCUUCCAAAAGUGUAUACAAGUCUGAAUCCAAAAUAAAUAGUCAAAUUCCAAAUCCUGUUAGAUAAUGUGAGGG